AUGCAGCUUGAAUCAUUAGACAUUUCUCAAAAUAAGCUUACGGGAGAGAUUCCCCAGCAGCUAACCCAACUCGCGUUCCUUGAAUUCUUCAAUGUCUCUACUAACCAUCUCACAGGAGCUAUACCACGAGUGAGCCAAUUUAAUACAUUUGAAAGCAGUUCAUAUGAGGGGAAUUUAGGAUUGUGUGGAGACCCUUUGCCAAAGAAAUGUGGCAAUUCAGAGGCAUCACUGCCACCACCACAACCUUCGAACUUCAACCAAGAUGAUGAUCAUUCCUGGUUUGGAAUUGAUAAAAGUGAUUGGAUUGUGAUAUGCAUGGGCUAUGGCGGUGGGUUAGUGGUCGGGUUCAUCAUUGGACACACUCAGACCACAAGGUAUCAUGAAUGGUUUGUCGAUACCUUCGGAAGAAACCAAAAGAAUCAAAGAAGGAAGAAGAAGAGCGGGCGAAAAAGCUAA